AUGGGCAUCGUCGAUCGCAUCAAGGAGAUCGAGGAUGAGAUGAAGCGGACGCAGAUCAACAAGGCCACGGAGGGCCAUCUUGGCCGUCUCAAGGCCAAGCUCGCCAAGCUGCGCACGGAGCUUCUCGAGGAAGGAAAGUCGAGUGGCGGUGGCGGCGAAGGCUUCGAUGUGGCCAAGAGCGGCGAUGGACGCGUCGCGCUUAUUGGGUUCCCUAGUGUGGGCAAGUCGACCAUGCUGAGCCAGCUAACGGAGACGCAGUCCGAGACGAACGCGGUGGAGUUCACCACGCUGACGUGCAUUCCUGGCAACUUGCUCUACAACGACGUCCGCAUUCAGUUGCUGGAUCUUCCGGGUAUCAUUGAAGGCGCCGCGCACGGACGAGGACGCGGCCGAGAGGUCAUCGCUGUGGCCAAGUCCGCUGACAUGAUCCUGAUGGUGCUGGACGCUGGUCGUGAGGCUGGCAACCGUCACCGUGAGAUCUUGGAGAAUGAGCUGGAGACUGUCGGCCUCCGUCUCAACCGUCAGCCGCCUGACAUUUACUUCCGGAAGAAAAAUGGAGGCGGUAUCACCUUUAACAGCACCAUCCGUCUCACCAAGCUCGGAGAUGACCCGUACCAGACUGUGUACAAGAUUUUGCACGAGUACAAGAUCCACAACUGUGAAGUGUUGUUCCGCGAGGAUUGCACGACGGACGACCUGAUCGAUGUGAUCGAAGGCAACCGGAAGUAUGUGAAGUGCCUGUACGUGUACAACAAGAUCGACGUCGUGUCAAUUGAAGAUGUGGAUCGAUUGGCUCGCAUGCCGAACUCGACUGUGAUCGCCUGUGCCCACGGUGAUCGCCCAGCGCUCAACUUCGACACUCUCCUCGCCAAGAUGUGGGACUACAUGGGACUCACGCGCGUCUACACGAAACGCCGUGGAGAGGACCCCCAAUUCGAAGAGCCUGUGGUCUUGGGCUCAGAGCGCAAGGGUGUCAGUGUGCAGUCGGCAUGCAUGUCGAUUUCGAAAGACAUGCUCGACAACUUCAACUACGCGCUGGUGUGGGGCACGAGCACUAAGUACAACCCGCAGCGUGUCGGCAAGGAGCACAUGCUACAGGACGAGGACGUUCUGCAGGUCAUCGUUAAGACAGCCAACCAGCAGAAGCGCGACAAGAACUACAACCAAAAGGUGCAGGCGUACUUUGACAAGUACAAGAAGAAGAAGAAAGCACUCAAGACCUAA